AUGGUCAGAUUUAGGGACUCCAAUCCGCUUUACCCCUCCGUUCAAGUACAACCUCCUCGCAUCCUUCAUGAUGCGGCGGCGAGUAGCGGGCCCACAACCAAUGUCCAGACCCAGACCGUCAUUGGAGCCCCUCCAAGAUUAGUGCUUAAAGAAAGUAUAUCGCAGCAGCAGCAACAAAGCUUGGAGAUGGUUCAGAUCAUGCUGCAUGUAUCGUUUGGUACCUUAUUCUACCUUCGGGAGUUCCUACCGCUUCCCUGUUUCGAUGACAGGGACCUCAAGGAAACCCAGCGCGAAAGGAAAUUCUCCUACCGCGAAUUCCUCGACCGGAAUACACCAUGUCCUACACUAGAGUCUGAUGCGCAGGUUCCCUUUGGCAAAGGCAAAAGGGGCCAGCCGCUCAAGAUCAUCCUUCGAGGCUCCGAUCCCAAGGCGGAUAUGAUCCUUGACAUCUUGGAAAACGGCAUCUUCGACGCUUUAAGCAAGAAUGUGCUGGAAGCCGUCCAAUUGACCGUCCUUGUCGACAAGGAUGCCCCCGAGAAUGUGCUCGAGUCCUACACGUUCUCCUUCAAAUACUCUGGAGAGUCUGGAGAUAUCAACCACCGUCUCGAAAGUCUGUCGAUAGAACCAGUGGGACUAGUUGCUGACAUCAAGACUGCCCAGUCAGCCAGAGUAGGCUUGGAGACGAUUGUGAGGCGGCUGAUCACGUUGAGUGCCUUCUUACCAGCUCUUCCAAACAAACGCAAUCUAGGGGUUCAUUUGUUCUAUACUGAUAAUUGCCCUCCUGAAUAUGAGCCUCCGGGAUUCAAUGGGGCGAAAGAUGACACGAUCAAGUUUCCCCAUUCAGAAAACUGGAGAAGAGAGUCGCAAUCAUGCGGUAUAAUGGAUAGUGGAUGGCAUACUGUGGGACUUAGGGUAUCUUCUAUGAAGUGGACUGGGCCUGAACCAGAAGGCUCAGAAGCUCUGCCCCAAAUACCACCUGAUCUUGAACAUACGGAUGUAGUUCAGAGAAUGGAUGAUGUGGGAUUUCGAGAGAAGGAGAGCGAGGCCGCCAUCAACGUGGUCGAAAAGAGCAACAACACCAAUAAAGAUGGUUCAUCAACCCGGGACCAUGUUGUAUCAUCUACGCCAUCGCAGAAAGCUGAUGAUUCUGUGGAAACUACCCAGGAUGCUGCCGAAAGGCUGCAGUUGGAAGGAAUGUUGCGAACUCAAGAGUCAGGCUCUCAAUUCGAUAGUGGCCUGUCUCCUACACAGCCUAUCGCCCCUGAAGCGCGUCCCCAGUCUGGGGAACCAAGCAGUAUACAACCAGUACAAGUUCCGAAGCCAAAUCUUUCAGAUGAAAGUGUUCGUCACAUUACGGAGUAUUUGAAAGCUCAUGGCUUGGAUGCUCCUCGAGCUGAAGAAGGCCAAGGCACCGUGAGGUGUCAAUGCGGCUGGGAAGGCGAAGAAAAAGCGAAAUCCAUGAUCGAAUGCUCUUUCUGCCACUUGUAUCAGCAUUUGUCCUGCUACGGAUAUAAAGAUAGCGAUGAUGCCAGAUUACCUAAUGUCCACGCCUGUUAUCGUUGCCUCCUGCAACCCAAAGAAGGCCAAGUACUCCAGGAAAUGACCAGCCUGGUUCUUCUAAGAAGAGCCAUCCAGAUCAUCCAGACGGAGGGCUACCCGAAUCAUACGUCGGUCUUCACCGAGAAGCUUCACUGCAAUGGACAGACCGUCAUUCAAAUGACGGAGCUGCUCAGAAAGCGCGAGCUCCUGGAAGCGACACCGGGAUACAAAAGCAAAGGGUUUUCGCGCAGAGGCUUGCCAAAGUUCUUCAUCCCAGCUUCGGAGGAUGUCCAGCGGACAAUCGAGGAAGAAAUUCUGGAUCCGAUGCUGAAGAUCCGACACCACUAUAUCUGGCCCGAUGGUUCGGGACCGCCUACUGAAGCGACAAGGUCCUUGAUCGAUAAAGAUGGGGAAGCAAACACCGAGGACAGGGACUCGCAAAAGGAAAGCUUAGAUUCCGCGCUCAAGCCAAGGGAACAGCGCGAUACAGAGCCGCCGGAAGAAAUCGUAACGGUUACCGGGAGCCAGACUCGAAGUCGCAAGAGGAAACAGUCCUUGCCUGUUCCCAAAGAGGACAGUGCACAGCCCGAACAGUCGACACCAGACCGUCCGAGUGGCAGAGUCACAAGGUUUAGCAGUCGAAGGGAUAGCUCCCAACAGACCCACAGAACUCCGCGCCCAAAGACACCGACGACGAGAGAGACGAGCGAGGGUAGUCUUCGAAGGAGUGGCAGAAAGCGACGUAAGAUCAGCAACUACUCCAAGCUCAUUGAUGUUGGGGCCGACGAGUUCGAUGUCUGA